AUGUCCAACGAAGAUAAAACCGAGUAUGAAUUUAUAGGUUCCCAAAACAAACGUCCGAGUUCUUGUCUAAGUUCCUCAAGCGUCAUAGUAAAAAUGUGGGUCCUUCUUGAAGGUUCACCGAGAGUUAGGAAGUUGAAUGCUGAUAUAUCUAAAGCUUAUGACUUGGACGAUUUUGUAUAUAUUCUUCAAGAGGAAUACGAAGAGUUAAGAGCUGUUAGACUGCAAUAUAUCGUAAUCUUAAAUAAUAACACGCAACUUCCACCAGAUACAGACCUCCAAACUCUAACUAAGACAGCAACGGCCAAGAACUCGCUCGUUGUUCGCUAUCCUCUUUCAGAUGUAUGCAUUAAGGUGACACUCGUGUACGGACAAAGACGAACCAAACGCGAAAUAUCACAUACUAGUGGUUCAUUUAUCCUUUUGAAAGCUCUCACUAGAGAAAUUUUCACAGAAUUGGAGGGAGAAGAAAUAUACUUUGUAAAUAACGGAAUGGAUAUUUGGGAUGACAGAAAAAAGUAUAGUGAUUGGAAUAUCAAAGAUGUGUUUAAGGAUAUAUUAGGACGACCGGAUUAUGAAUCCCUGGGUGAUAUGCCAAGAUUUAAUCUUGAUGAACUUCCUCCGUUAAGGCAUCCAUUCUCUCAGGAAGAGGUCAAUAAAUUCUUUGGGGAGCUUAAAGGUCAUCUUAAGAAUAUCCAGAAAGAACUUGACAAUGAGUCGUCAGCUCGUUACAUUAUUGAUACUUUCUUGUCAGCUGCAGUUUCCCAUAUACAAGAUUUCGUAAACGGCUCAGUACGGUUAGGUUUUGAAAAAGAGCUGAAGGGAAGUCGUGGGUAUGGACCCACUGACUAUGUUGUAAAAAGGAUUGAAGUUUUUUUGGUGUUACGUGAAACAAAAUUGGAAGACAUGAAACAAGGAAUGGCGCAAAAUAUUGUACAAGUGCACAGUGCAAUGGAACGACUAUUGAAUUCCGGCCAAGCAGAACCAACAAUGUAUGGGAUAGUUACAACUGGAAAAUUAUGGCGAUUUAUCCGCUGGACUGGAUCAUUAGAUGAACCGGUUGUUCAUAUUUCCGAAGAAUAUACUUGCAAAUUUUACUGGUAA